CGAUUAUUUCCUCAUUCAUUGCCUCAAGGAGGGACAGCCCUGCCGGCUGAGGGACUGUUUGCGCUUUUACGCACGGGUCGGUGGUGAAGUGGUGCACAUGACUCGUGCUACGGACGGACGGACGGACAGACAACCACGUAUCUAAAACAGGUUCAUCAUCAAAUAUCAAAAUGCAACAUGUGACCGUCAGACUUCUCCUCGUCCUCCUCGUCCUCCAUCCUCUGACCUCAGCUGACCUGGAGGAGGUGGAUAAUGUGCCAGUGGAGGUCAUCGUCGACAGCUCCCCCUGCAGCGCCACCUGUGGGCUGGGGGUUAAAACUCAGACCCUGUGUUUGCUGAAAGAUGGCGAGACAGCGAUGGAAGAAGCUGUGAAAAAUCAAGAUGGAACAGAGGUGUCAGAGGAGUGUCGGGUCCGUAAGGUGAAGUGUCUGGAGUCGUGGCAGUGUGGACUCAGGACCAUGACGGUGACUUCAGGACAGAAAGUAGAGAUCGACUGUCUCGGAGAAGUCAUGGAGGCGAUGGGGAGGUUCACCUGGAGGGUGUCAUGGCGUUACGCCCGAGGAAUAAUCAGCUCUGACGAAUCUCUGUUUGCCCGCUUUGGUGCUCCCCUGCUGGACCGAGUGAUUCUGGACCCCAUCAGGGAGGAGGACGCAGGUACUUAUUGCUGUGUCGUGCAGGAUGCUAACUUCCGCAGGGUGAAAAAGGUUUACUGGGGGAUCCGGGUUUUGCCCAUCGGGGUUCUAAAUCUGGACUAUGAAAGCUCCCUGGCCCAGUGGGACUCCACUGGAAACCAGCAGAACCAGACUGUGUCGGACGAGCUUGACCACAUGGUGGCUCUUCUUGACAUGCUGCUGUACUAUUCCAGCCUGGCAGGCGUCGGAGCUGGAGUGAUACUGCUGAUCAUCUACUGUGCAGCCAAGAGGAGAGAGUUCAGGCAGUUGACCAGAUAAGGCUGUUCUUCUGUCGCUCACUGCACAAACACUGCACCUUUUCAGAGAUGAAAGGAAGACCGUACCAUCAACCAACAUGUUUGUUGUUCUCGAUAUUCAACUGAAAAGAAAUAAAAACUUAUAACUGAUAUUUUUAUUACAACAGUGAUUCACAGUACACUUCCUGCACAGCAGCAAAUGGCAGACAGACUCAGGUGGUGAACACAGUGGAGCGUUUAGCAGCUAAAGAGACAGAUAUUUCCUAAAAGAGAGAGAAUAUUGGACUGACAUUCAUCAGGUGGGCACAAACACAAAGACUCUAAUGAAUGAUCAUGUUGCUGCUGGCAGUCUAAACAAACUCUUGCUUAAUUAAAGGGUUAGUCAUAUAAACUUAAAUGGACUCCAGUUGGAACUGGACACAGCGUUGGAAGUGGGUACCCGUUCAUUCCUGUGAAAGUUGCUAAGUGGUGCGUGAAGCUAAAGAAGCUCUUUUUCUACAUUAUUAAACUGCCUGCACCUUCUGCAUUGUGGACCAAACAGAUCAAGUCUUGAUAGUAAAACAAAUCAUUCUGCCAGGGUUGCAAUGCUCAAAAAAAAGUAUCCACUUAUUUACAUACAUCUCUGUCCCAAUGUAAGUUCAUGGGGAAAAGUCUUUUUGGGAUUCAUGACAUCACCUGACGGAUGCGGUUGUUGUAAUUCCACUUUUGUCCACUGUAUAAAAUUAGUUUUACAGCCCAGCGCUGUUCGUAAGGUCUUGGUUUAGAAGCCUUGAGUUUGACAUUUUGGAUUUUCGGAGCCAGAAGUGACCAUAUUUGGACAAGAGGGUGGAGCUAACCCUACUGCUAGCUACAAGCUUGGUUAGCAUGGUGCAUUUACAGCUAUGGUGGCAGCUAUGUGAUGAUGCUAAUGCUAAUUUUUGCAAGUGAAAAACAGGCUUAAACCAAUAAAACAGAACUUACUUACUGAUAAA